ACAGCUUAUUCUUAAUAAACAUUCAUAUUAUUAAAGUAAUAAUUAUUAAAAUAAUGUUUUUAAUAUCAACACAACGUAUGAAAUAAAACUACGGUAAAUGGUAAAUCUAUAUAACCAAUGAUUUAUUACCAAAAAUUAUAUACAUGAUAUUGUGAGUGAGAGUUGUAUUUACAUUACAAACCAGAACCAGUGAUAAAUUAUUGAAAUAAUGAGAAAAUACUAUCAAGCUGCACUUGCAAUAACUGCUAUAGUGAGUCUAGUGUCAUUAUUAUUUUACAGACAUGAAUAUAAUAAGCUAAGAUACGUUUUGGAAGUUUUUAACUAUUUUGGUAAACCAAACCAAAAAGGUAUUGAAAUAAAUUGUACAAACAAUGUACCAAUAUUUACAAAAUCUAACAUGAAGUUUGAAGAACCACUUUCUUCUUGGCAAAGAUUAGAUGAUGAUUUAUAUGUUUAUUCUGCAUACAAUGUUCAUAAAAAUGAAAUUCAAGUAAUAGGUUUUGGUUCAUCAAAUAGCAUUAAAGACAUGCAAUGUGUUAUAUUCUUUGAAGAUGAAAUUGAGCCAAUUUUAGGAAGCUUUACACAUCUUCCAAUUAAUAAUAAUUUACGUACAAUAAAUACUGAUAUAAAUGGAUAUCAUUUCUAUUGUGCAUACACUCAGAAUAAAAUACCAGUAGGAAUAACAUUUCUUACUAAAUCAAAUACAGAUCUUAAUAACACACCUAUAUUGCCAGUUAAAAGUGAAUCACACAAUUCAAAUUAUACUAACAUUGGAAUGUGUGUAUCACCACCAUUAGUAAAACCAAUGCAGCUAUCAGAAAUGAUUAGUUUCAUAAAUUUUCAUGAUAUAAUUGGAGCAGACAAUUUCAUAGUAUAUGAUUUUGGUAUUCCAAAUCAGUUUAACAGCAACCUAAAAGAAUUAUCUCAAUCUCAAAAUCCAUACUGGAGGUUUACAUACACAGUAGUGCCAUGGAAUUUUCCUUUUCCUGGAACUGAUCUUACUGUAAUAAAAGAUCUUAUACAAGCUGACUGUCUAUAUCGUACAUAUAAUAAAGUUAUGUAUGUUAUUACAUUGUCUUGGGAGGAAUACAUAGUUUUAAGAUAUCAUCAUUCCCUUGUAGAUUUAAUGGUAGAUUAUAAAAAAUCUAGAUUGAAAGCUGAUCGUUACAAAUUAAAAACUUUAAUCUUCUGCACACAACAACCAGAUAGUGCAAAUUUAAAAAAUUCAACGUUUUUGAUAUUUAACAAGAUGUAUUUUGAUCCAAGUAUCCCAGACAAUCAAUCAGUAUACAUAUACAAUGCACAUGAAACGUUUAAACAGCGUAAUAUUUAUACCCGGGAAAUUGGAAAAGACUUAGUUACAUUAAAUCGAUAUACACAUUGUUUUGGAAGAUUAAAUUCAGAUACAAACAAUAAAGACACUUCAAUUUUGAAAUUUGCUGAAGACAUGUUUAAGAAAUUUAUGAUAGUAAGCAAUCUUUUACAAAGCAAUAAGAAAUGAUUAUUUUUUUUUAAACAUAAGAUUAGUAUGUAUAGGUUCAAGUUAACUGUAAGAUAAUUCAAAAGUCUGAUCCAUUUACAUGUAUUAUGAGACUUCGGUAUAAGAAUGUAAUUGUACAAUGUAAUAUGUAUAAAAAUUUGUUACGAUUAAAUACUUACCAUUUUGAUAUUUA